AUGGCCGCUUCUAAAAAUGCAUUGAAGCACUUCAAGACCUACAAAUACUCCUCAGUCGACAAAUCUCCAAUAUCAAAAUACAUCCUCAGACACUACGUACAACCUCCCCCAUCCCAAGCCCUCACCACCCAAACUAACAUCCCCCAGUGGAACGCCUGCGUCGAGUUCCUCCCACUAUGGCUCGCCCCCAACAUGGUUACCCUCCUAGGCUUCUUCUUCAUCAUCGGCAACGUCGCCCUUCUAGCCGUCGUUGACCCGGAUCUUUUGGGACCGAAGCAGCAAUGGGUUUACUACAGCUACGCUUUUGGGGUAUGGGCUUACUCGACUAUGGAUAAUAUCGACGGCAAGCAGGCGCGCCGAACAGGGACUUCAUCCGGUCUAGGGGAGCUUUUUGACCACGGCAUUGACUCGCUGAACUGCACCCUAGCUUCUCUGCUCGAAACGAGCGCAAUGGGGCUGGGAGCAACGAAAUUGGGCGCCUUCACAGCCCUAGUCCCAACACUACCAAUGUUCUUCUCAACCUGGGAGACCUACCACACCCACACCCUCUACCUAGGCUACUUCAACGGACCAACCGAAGGCCUCAUCCUCGCCAGCGCCAUCAUGAUCACCUCCGGCCUCUACAGCCCGCAAAUCUGGCGCGAACCGCUGUCCAACAUCAUCGGGCUGGAAGAAAUCCUAGGCAAAAUGACAGCAGAAGACGCCUGGCUCCCUAUCCUCCUCGCGGGGUUCUUCGUCGCCCAUUUGCCAUCGUGUGUCUACAACGUCGCGCAGGCGCGGAAAGCGAACAACCUCCCCUUGGCUCCCACGUUUCUGGGUUGGAUCCCGAUGAUUUCGUUCACGACCUCCUUACUCGCAUGGCUGGGGUCCCCGUACUCGCAUUUACUGUUCGACAAUCACCUGGCUCUGCUAUGCCUCACGCUGUCCUUUGUGUUCGGGCGGAUGACGACGAAGAUUAUCCUCGCGCACUUAACGCGGCAGCCGUUCCCGUACUGGACAGGCCUUCUGCUGCCGCUGAUGGGUGGAGCGGUGCUGGUUAAUUUGCCGGUGUUUGGUUUCGAGCCAGUGUCGGCGGAAGUCGAGCACUACUAUCUCUGGGCGUACUUUGCGAUCUCUGUGGUCGUAUACUUCCGGUGGGCGUACCUGGUCAUCAACGCCAUUUGUGGCUAUCUUAACAUCCAGUGCCUCACGAUCCCAGAGGAGAAGUGGAAGAAGCUGGAAGAGGAGAGCAGACGGGAAGCAGAAAAGAAGAAAAGUUGA